AUGCCCCCAUACUCACAUCCUUCUCACCCUGCUCCGAUUGGCUUUGAUCGUGUGAACAAACAGGCCUCUGGCGCUGCUCCGGCUGCAGUUGCCGCUUCCCAAGUGGCUGUGCAGCAACUUGCGCCUCACUUCUCGGGCAAGGCUGUGGUCGAUGGCCAGUUUGUCAACAUCAAGCUGUCCGAUUACCAGGGCAAGUGGCUCGUGCUCUUCUUCUACCCGCUCGACUUUACGUUUGUCUGCCCGACCGAGAUUAUCGCAUUCAGCGAUCGCGUGCAAGAGUUCCGCAACCUCGGCGCCGAGGUCGUCGGUGUCUCGGUCGACUCGCACUUUUCCCACCUCGCCUGGAUCAACACUCCUCGCAAGGAGGGCGGUCUUGGCAAGAUGAACAUUCCCCUGCUUGCUGACAUUACCAAGAGCAUUUCUGCAUCCUACGGUGUUCUCCUCCCCACCGAGGGCAUUGCUCUCCGCGGUCUGUUCAUCAUCGACCCCAAGAGCAAGGUCCGCCAGAUCACCGUCAACGAUUUGCCUGUUGGCCGCUCUGUCGACGAGACCCUGCGACUUCUCCAGGCUUUCCAGUUCACCGACAAGCACGGCGAAGGUAUGACAGGCUGA